AUGUGGACCAACCUCAAGCGCCUCGGCCUCGCGGCAACACUCCUGGCCUCCCGGGCCGCCGGCGAGGUCCUCAGCACCUCGGGCCGCUGGAUCGUCGACUCGAGCGGCGCACGCGUGAAGCUCCGGUGCGCCAACUGGGCCGGCCACAUGGAAACCAAGAUCCCCGAGGGCCUGAACCACCAGGCAACCUCGUACAUCGCGUCGUGGCUGUCCGACAACGGCUUCAACUGCGUCCGCCUCACCUACUCGAUCGACAUGGCCCUCAACCCGUCGCAGUCCGUCUCGGACGCCUUCACCGCCGCCGGCGACUCGGCCGGCAUCGCCGCCGCAGACAUGACGGCCCUGUACGACGCCGCCGUCGCCGCCAACUCGUGGCUCGCAGACGCCACGACGCAGUCGACCUUCGCCCACAUCAUCGACGACCUCGCCGCCGCAAACGUGCUCGUCGUCCUCGACAACCACGUCUCGCACGCGUCGUGGUGCUGCGGCUCCGACGACGGCAACGGCUGGUGGGACGAGGCCGCGGGCUACAACGACGCGGCGUCGCGCUACUUCAACACGGCCAACUGGCUGCAAGGCCUCGCCGCCAUGGCCGAGUUCGCCGCCGCGCACCCCAACGUCGUCGGCAUGUCGCUGCGCAACGAGCUGCGCGCGGGGUCCGGCCAGGACAGCAGCGACCACGCCGACUGGUACAAAUUCGUCGGCCAGGGGCUCGACGCCAUCCACGGCGCCAACGCCGACCUGCUGCUCGUCGUCGGCGGGCCCAGCUACGCGACGGACCUGUCGUUCCUGUACGGCAACCCGCUCGACCGCGCCGCGUUCCCCGACAAGGUCGUGUGGGAGUUCCACAACUACCAGUGGUCGUGGUCGUACAGCGACUGCGCCGACCACCAGGCCAAGCUCGGCUCCAAGACGGGCUACCUGCUGGCCGAGGGCAAGGACUACACGGGCCCGCUCUGGCUGAGCGAGUUCGGCUGGAACCUGGACACGCCGAGCGCGAACGAGGUGGCGUAUUACACGUGCUUGGUCGACUACAUGACCGGGAACGAUGCCGAUUGGGCGUUUUGGGCGCUGCAGGGGACGUAUUACAUCCGCGACGGGCAGACGGACUUCGAGGAGACGUUUGGGCUGGUGGACAAGGAGUGGAGCGGGUGGAGGAACGCCAGCUUCCCGGACAUUCUGGGCGAUAUGUUUGAUGUUACGCAGGGUCCUUGA